GCCGGCCGCGCACCGAGGAAGGCGACCGGCUUAAGGCUCCCUUCUUCUCCUCCCUUCUAUUUUCCCACACCCCCCCUCCAGCUGACAACAUGGCUGCGGCCGCUAACGCUGCCCAGGACGAGCUGAAUCAGCUUGAGCGUGUCUUUUUACGUCUUGGCCAUGCAGAAACGGAUGAGCAGUUGCAGAAUAUUAUAUCCAAAUUCCUGCCGCCUGUUCUUCUGAAGCUUUCCAGUACACAGGAAGGAGUACGUAAGAAGGUUAUGGAAUUGCUUGUUCACCUGAACAAACGUAUCAAAAGUCGCCCCAAAAUCCAACUGCCGGUGGAGACUUUGCUGGUUCAGUACCAGGAUCCUUCCGCAGUGUCUUUUGUCACAAAUUUCACCAUAAUAUAUGUUAAGAUGGGUUACCCUCGUUUGCCUGUGGAAAAGCAAUGUGAGCUUGCUCCCACUCUCCUUACUGCAAUGGAAGGAAAACCUCAACCCCAACAAGACAGCCUAAUGCACCUUCUAAUACCAACCCUUUUUCACAUGAAAUACCCCGUUGAACCUCUGAAAGCAGCUUCUCCGUUUAAUCUUGCCGAGAAACCAAAGACUGUGCAGCUGCUCUUGGAUUUUAUGUUAGAUGUCCUCCUUAUGCCUUAUGGAUACGUGUUGAAUGAAUCCCAGAGUCGCCAAAGUGUGCCAGCAGGACAGGGCUCUUCUUCAUCAAGUGGUUCCGGAGGUUCUGGGAUCCCUCAGCCUCCUCCAGGAAUGAGCUUUUACGCAGCCAAGCGGGUAAUUGGGGACAGUCCAUGGACGCCGGAACAGCUGGAACAGUGUAAACUGGGCAUUGUGAAGUUCAUCGAAGCAGAGCAGGUGCCUGAACUUGAAGCUAUCAUACACCUGGUCAUCGCCUCCAGUGACACAAGGCACAGUGUAGCCACUGCAGCAGACCUUGAACUCAAAAGCAAGCAAAGUUUGAUUGACUGGAACAAUCCAGCCAUCAUCAACAGGAUGUAUAAAGUGUACCUUGGGGACAUACCACUAAAAACCAAGGAGGGAGCUGUUCUGAAACCAGAAUUAAAACGUGAUCCAGUCAGCACACGGGUAAAAUUAAAGAUAGUCCCUCAUCUUUUGCGCUCCAGGCAAGCUGCAGAAACGUUUCCUGCAAAUAUUCAGGUGGUCUACGAUGGACUUUUUGGUGCAAAUACCAAUGCAAAACUGAGAACCUUGUCUCUUCAAUUUGUGCAUCAUAUUUGUGUAAUUUGCCCGGAUGGUAAGAUAAAACCACUAGGCCCGAUGCUCCUGAAUGGAUUGACAAAACUGAUUAAUGAGUAUAAAGAGGACCCCAAAUUGUUGUCAAUGGCCUAUUCAGCUGUUGGAAAACUUUCCAGCCGAAUACCUCAGCUGUUCACCAAGGACCUGGCACUAGUCCAACAGUUUUUUGAAGCUCUUUCUAAGGAAGAUCCCGACACGAGGCUUGCUAUUCAAGAGGCCUUGUCCAUGAUGGUUGGGGCCUACACAAAUCUAGAAGGAGCCCCACGUACUCUUAUGGAGGCCCUUGUGGCCUCAAACCUAAUUAAGCCUCAAGUCCAAGUACGUCAGGUGGCUGUAAAGUUUGCCAGCACGGUGUUCCCUUCAGAUCACAUUCCUUCAAGAUACUUGCUUCUUUUAGCUGCAGGAGACCCACGGGAAGAAGUACACGGAGAGGCACAACGUGCUCUGAGAACGUUUCCUGGCAAAAAUGAAAAGGAGAGCGGUGGCAAACAGAUGCCUUCCUUCCCAGAAAUGGUCCAGUAUAUUCAAGAGAAGGCUUCUCACAGAAUGAAAACACCUGCUAAAUAUAUGACAGGGACUACAGUCAUGCCUUUCAACCCAGCUGCUUUUGGAGAGAUCGUCCUGUACCUCCGAAUGUGUCUCGCUCACAGUUCCGGUGUGGUGCCCACCUCUCAGAGCUUAGCCGAAAUGCAGGAUCAUGCUCCAGCUAUUGGCCGUUACAUUAGAAACCUCCUCUCUGGACACGUCAUAACAUCCUCUUCCUCAAAGGGUGGUGAAAGCAACCCUGUGCAGAUCUAUAUAAGCCUUCUUCAGCAACUGCUCUCUGGUGUUGGAGGUUUGCCUGUGAUGUACUGCCUGUUGGAGGUUGUUUCCGUCUAUCCUGAAAAACUAGCUGCAAGAUUUGUGGACAAAAUGGAUUGGAUAAAGAGCCUUAUGAAUACCAAUAAGGAAGAGAUGCGGGAGCUGGCUGCUCUGUUUUAUUCAGUAGUAUUGUCGACAGUGUCAGAAAACGAAUUUAAAACAUCAGUUCAGCACCUGAUAAAAACAGCAAAAGACAAUCAUAAUCUGGAAAUGCAACAUGGAUCCUUGUUGGCUCUCGGAUUUACAGUUGGGCGGUAUUUGUCAAAGAGAAAAAUGAGGAUGGUGGAACUGCAUGACUUGGAAGAUCCAAAUACCAUUGUUGCCCCAGAACAAGACCAGUUGAUAAAGUCAACGACAGAAACGAUUGGCUCUUUUCUGGAUAGUACCUCACCCCUUUUGGCAGUAGCUGCUUGUACAGCACUGGGGGAAAUAGGCAGGAAUGCGCCUCUGCCCAUCCCGAAUGAAGGGACUGGAUUUACAAAGCUUCAUCUUGUUGAAAGUUUGCUGGCCAGAAUUCCCUCAGGCAAGGAAACUAAUAAGAUGAAGGAGCGAGCUAUACAAACACUUGGUUACUUUCCAGUAGGGGAUGGAAACUUCCCCCACCAGAAGCUACUCUUACAAGGAUUGAUGGAUUCUGUAGAGGCCAAGCAAAUUGAACUGCAGUUUACUGUUGGUGAAGCUAUUACCAGUGCUGCGAUAGGAACUAGCUCUGUAGCUGCCCGGGAUGCGUGGAUGGUAGCUGAAGAAGAAUAUACUCCUCCCGCUGAUGCGAAAGUUAACGACGUGGUUCCCUGGGUCUUGGAUGUCAUUUUGAAUAAGCACAUUGUCAGCCCCAACCCUCACAUAAGACAAGCAUCCUGCAUCUGGCUUUUAUCACUGGUGAAGAAGCUCAGCACCCACAAAGAAAUUAAGUCUCAUCUCAAAGAAAUCCAAACGGCAUUUGUAACUACUCUAUCCGACAGUGACGAACUCAGCCAAGAUGUUGCUUCCAAAGGCCUCGGUUUGGUGUAUGAGCUUGGGAGUGAGCAAGACCAGCAGGAGCUGGUUACUACUCUUGUGGAAACUCUUAUGACUGGGAAAAGAGCCAGGCACGAAGUGACUGGAGAGACAGUGAUGUUCCAGGGAUCAGGCCUUGGCAAGACUCCAGAUGGCCAGGGUCUCUCUACUUACCAGGAGCUUUGUUCGCUCGCUAGCGACCUCAACCAGCCGGACUUGGUGUACAAGUUCAUGAAUUUGGCCAACCACCAUGCAAUGUGGAACUCUCGGAAGGGAGCUGCUUUCGGUUUUAAUGUGAUCGCAACCAAAGCUGGAGAACAGCUCGCCCCUUUUCUCCCCCAGCUUCUUCCUCGCCUCUAUCGUUACCAGUUUGACCCCAAUCUAGGGAUCCGGCAGGCCAUGACCAGCAUUUGGAAUGCGCUUGUGACAGACAAAUCUGCAGUGGACAAAUAUAUGAAAGAAAUCCUUGAUGAUUUAAUAAGCAACUUGACCAGUAACAUGUGGCGGAUCCGAGAGUCCAGCUGUCUAGCACUGAAUGAUUUGCUAAGAGGAAGACCCUUGGACGACAUUAUUCAUAAACUUCCAGAAAUAUGGGAAACCCUCUUUAGAGUGCAAGAUGACAUAAAGGAAUCUGUACGGAAGGCAGCAGAGUUAGCCCUGAAAACAUUAAGUAAGGUGUGUGUGAAGAUGUGCGACCCGUCGAAAGGAGCUGCAGGCCAGAGAACCAUAGCUGUCCUGUUGCCAUGCCUGCUUGAUAAAGGAAUGAUGAAUACUGUGACUGAAGUGCGGACUCUCAGCAUUAACACCUUGGUGAAGAUCAGUAAAAGUGCCGGGGCCAUGCUCAAGCCACAUGCACCCAAGCUCAUCCCAGCUUUGUUGGAGUCCCUGAGUGUGCUGGAGCCCCAGGUCCUCAAUUACUUGAGCCUGCGUGCUACGGAGCAAGAAAAGGCGGCAAUGGAUAGCGCAAGACUCAGUGCUGCUAAAUCCUCUCCCAUGAUGGAGACUAUCAACAUGUGCUUACAGUAUUUGGAUGUUUCUGUUCUGGGUGAACUGGUUCCUAGACUGUGUGAGCUGACUAGGAGUGGACUAGGCGUUGGCACCAAGGGCGGUUGUGCUAGUGUAAUUGUAUCACUGACCACUCAGUGCCCUCAAGACUUGACACCGUAGUCAGGCAAGCUCAUGAGCGCUUUGCUCAGUGGCCUAACGGAUCGAAACACCGUGGUGCAAAAAACUUUUGCCUUUGCCAUGGGACAUCUAGUCCGGACCUCGCGGGACAGCAGCACCGACAAAUUGCUGCAGAAGCUGAACAGCUGGUACAUGGAGAAAGAAGAACAAGUCUAUAAAAUGGCCUGUGCAUUGACCAUCCAUGCCAUUGGGCGCUACAGCCCAGAUGUACUGAAGAAUCAAGCCAGACAUGUCUUGCCCCUGGCUUUCCUGGGCAUGCACGAGGUCCCCGAGGAAGAAAAAGGCGAGAAGGAAGAGGGCAACCUGUGGACUGAAGUCUGGCAGGAAAAUGUGCCUGGUACCUAUGGUGGCAUAAGGCUUUAUAUGGAGGAAUUGAUAGCAAUCACCCAGAAAGCUUUGCAGUCCCAGUCUUGGAAGAUGAAAGCUCAAGGAGCAGCCAGCAUGGCGUCCAUUGCAAAGCAAACUGGCUCCCUGGUCCCUCCGCACUUGGGCAUGGUGCUCUCUGCUCUGUUGCAAGGCCUGUCUGGGAGAACGUGGGCAGGAAAGGAGGAGCUACUGAAAGCUACUGCCAGUGUCGUCUGUUCAUGCAGCACGGAGUUGCAGAAGUCUUUACCCAACCAGCCAGUUGACGACAUCCUACAGGCCUUGCUGAAGGAGUCGGAAGAGAACCUCAGGUACAAGAUUGUGGCUCUCCGGUGCACAGCUGAUGUGCUCAAGGCCACGCAGGAAAAUCGGUUCAAGGAGCUGACAGACAUCAUCUUUCCAAUAAUUAAGAAGGUGAACUUUCAAACUGCCUGAGAACAUGGGGACCAGUUCACACAGAACGACGAUGAAGAUGAGAAUGAAAACGAGAAGGAGCUCCGGAUGGAAUCUCUUCUCUGUGCCUUUGAGAGUUUGGGCAAAGCAUGGCCCAGAAACCCAGAAACGCAAAGCUGCUAUCAACAAGAGGUGUGCAAACUAAUGUGUGAGCGGCUGAAACUCAGUACGUGGAAAGUGCAGCUCGGAGUGCUCCAAGCUAUGAAAGCUUAUUUUCAAGGGUUACUGUUGCUUGGAACAGAACACUCAGAUCCGGAGGCUUUGACAAGAAUACUGUUUGAAACCUGUUCCUCUAUCACCCAUUCUCUAGAGAAUAGAAGCUACACCUCCAUAAGAACUGAAGCCUUGUCAGUGAUAGAAGUACUGCUCACAAAACUUGAAGAGUCCAGACAGUGGGAGAGCCUGAGCACAGAAAGCAGAGAACUCCUGAUUGGCUCCUUAACAGCCCUGAUGCUGGACAGCAGGCCUGAGCUACAAGAGAAAGCCACUUUGCUAAAGAAAACCUUAGAAAAACUUGAUUGAAUUGACAGCCAACCAAGUGCCAUGCGAAACGAAACAAGCAAAAACGAAAGUGUGCAGUGAGCUCUGAAUACAGAGAGGGAACGUAAAGACGAUUCUGUAGCAUGCAUCAUUCCUUGGCUAAAAUAAAGAACACCUUGAAUUCUGUUCCCCAUUAA